AUGGCGGACAAGGCAGUCACCAUCCGUACCAGGAAGUUCAUGACCAACAGGCUUCUCUCUCGCAAGCAAUUCGUCAUUGAUGUUCUUCAUCCAGGCAGGCCAAAUGUUUCCAAGGCUGAGCUGAAGGAGAAGCUAGCUAGACUCUAUGAGGUUAAGGACCCGAAUUCAAUCUUUGUUUUCAAGUUCCGGACUCACUUUGGUGGUGGUAAAUCUACUGGAUUUGGAUUGAUUUAUGAUUCUGUCGAAAAUGCAAAGAAGUACGAGCCCAAGUACAGGUUGAUCAGGAAUGGACUUGAUACUAAGAUAGAGAAGUCGAGAAAGCAGUUGAAGGAAAGGAAGAACAGAGCCAAAAAGAUCAGAGGAGUAAAGAAGACCAAGGCUUCAGAUGCUGCCAAGGCUGGAAAGAAGAAAUGA